AUGUCACAUGCCAGAGAUGGUGUUGAAGAGGAAGAAGGCUGCUGGACACUAAUAGUUAGAACCAGCAACGCAUCUGCAUCUUCACAAUGCACCCAGAAUUUCCUGCCAAAGCCGUACUUAGAACCUUCUCUCCAAAAAGUGUCAAUGGGUGAACAUAGUACCCUUGAGAAUUUACACUUAAUGAUAGAUUGUGACAACGAUGGGGAGAGUGAAGGGCAUCAAACAUAUGACAGACAUUUCCAAACAGAGACAUCUUCCCAUAGGAAGAAUCUCACUGACCCAUAUGGUGAAGGAUAUAAAGCAUUUUGCAAAACCCCCCCUUGUAAGUUAGCUACUUCUACAAAGCAGUGUGUUUCCGUCACCAAAAACUCAAGUCAAAGAUUCAAACAUAAUUAUUUGUCGAAAGAAAAUUUGGAAAAUCUGGAAAGUUACCUCAUUCAGGUGGAAAAUAAGUAUUUGAACCAAUUUGAAAAUAGGAUCGGAUUGACCUUUCAGACAACUGUUUUUGAAAAUCAUAAAUUUAAAAAUCAAGAAGAAAUUGUUAAGGGGUGUCAAUUUGAGGGGCACAUCACAAAGAAGUCAACCCUACAAACCUACGAGAGUAUUUUCAAUGGACAUAGAAUUGUUCCUUGCACUGCAUCUGAGAAAACAUUUAACCAGGGCUCAAUUGUUAACAAAUGUCUAUGUACUCAUUUGCCAGAUAACCAUUUUGAAUGUAAUAAAGGUAAGGAAAUUUUGUCUCAAAGAUCUAAACAUAUUAUACAGACGAGUAUGCCUAUAAAAGAAAAUCUUCAUAAAUAUAAUGCAUGUGGGAAAGAUCUGAAGGAGUCCUCCAGUGUUGGUGAUCAUCAGACAAUUUGUGUGGGAAAAAACACAUACAUGUGUAAUAAAUCUGGAAGUGUGUGGAGUCAGUCACGAAGACUAAAUGCACAUAGGACAAUUCGAUCUGGAGAGAAAAGGUACACUUGUAGGGAAUGUGGCAUAGUCUUUCAUUGGCACUCGGCACUAUCUCAACAUCAGCGAAUGCAUGCUGGAACGAAAUUGUACAAAUGUGAAGAAUGUGGUAAAACCUUUAAGGACUACUCAUCACUAAAUAAACACAGGCAAAUCCGUAUCAGAGUGGGACAUCACAAAUGUCAACAAUGUGGCAAAGCUUUUAGGAGGCACUCCUACCUUCCUAGACAUCAGAGCAUCCAUACUGGAGAGACCCCUUACCAAUGUAAAGAAUGUGGCAAGGCCUUUAGCCAGCGCUCAACCCUUACUCAACAUCUCAGAAUUCACACUGGGGAGAAACCUUACCAAUGUAAAUAUUGUGAUAAGGCCUUUAGCCAGCACUCAAACCUUAUUCGACAUCAUAGAGUUCAUACUGGAGAGAAACCUUACCAAUGUAGAGAAUGUGGCAAGGUCUUUGGCCAGCACUCACACCUUACUCAACACCACAGAAUUCAUAGUGGAGAGAAACCUUACCAAUGUAAAGAAUGUGGCAAGGCCUUUAGCCACCACUCAGUCCUUAUUCACCAUCACAGAAUUCACACUGGAGAGAAACCUCACCAAUGUAAAGAAUGUGGCAAGACCUUUACCGAGCACUCAAACCUUACUCGCCAUCUCAGAAUUCAUACUGGAGAGAAACCUUACAAAUGUAAGGAAUGUGGCAAGGCCUUUACCCAGCACUCAAUCCUUACUCGCCAUCUCAGAAUUCAUACUGGAGAGAAACCUUACAAAUGUAAGGAAUGUGGCAAGGCCUUUACCAGGUACUCAAAUCUUAUUCGACAUCUCAGAAUUCAUAAUGGAGAGAAACCUUACAAAUGUAAGGAAUGUGGCAAGGCCUUUAAAGGACCCACAGACCUCACUCGACAUUACAGAAUUCAUAGUGGAGAGAAACCUCACCAAUGUAAGGAAUGUGGCAAGGCCUUUACCAGGCACUCACACCUUAUUCAACAUCUCAGAAUUCACACUGGAGAGAAACCUCACCAAUGUAAGGAAUGUGGCAAGGCCUUUACCAGGCGCUCACACCUUAUUCAACAUCUCAGAAUUCACACUGGAGAGAAACCUCACCAGUGUAAAGAA